GACGAAAACAAUUAUUUCUAUGGAAACUGGAGCAUGGAUGACUACUGUUGUUCUUAGCACUGGAUAAAUAGUGAAUGAAAUGUCUAAACUGAUGUUUAUUUCAUAGUAUUACAUUUGAAUGAGAGAUGUUGGCUGAGGUUCCAGGGAACCCUCUAAGCUCUGGCCUCCUCUGGACAGCCACCCGUGGUAAAGAUGAAAAGCGCCUAACCCUGCAGCGGUCUGGGGAUGCCCAGAGGAAGAUGGUCUCCCAGCGUUGCUGCUUCCUCGGGGUAGAGACCUGGGAAGAGCUGAAGUGGGAGGACUGGGAGCUGGGAGGGGAGUUCACGAAGACCCUGCUGCUGAAGAACAUCCAUAGUAAACUACAGAAACUACGUUUCAGGCCUCCUGCGUCAAAGUUCUUCACCACUCUGUUUCCUCAGAUCAUCACUCUGAGUCCUGGAACGUCUUUUUCUCUUCCUGUUACAUUCCGCCCCCUUGAUAGGUGUGAGUACCAGGACACCAUAGAGUUCCACAGUAAAGAUGGGUUGUUCCAGGUGUCGCUGAGGGCGACCAUACCUCACCAUGCUCUGGACGUACCCGAGUCUGUCCUCCUACCCCCCUGUGCUGUUCUCCACCAAUCACAGACCGUCUUCAUGUUCCGCAACGCCAGGCAAACUACACUCACUAUUAUCACAGCAGUGGUUAUAAUUAGUAAGCUACAGGCAGGGUUCCGGUGGGAGGUGUCCUCUCCUUUCCAGCUGUGUCCAGAGAGUGGGAUGCUGGAGCCGGGUCAGGAGUGUAGAGUCACGGUGCUCUUCAGGCCACGGGAGGCGUUGGUCUACCAGGUCCAGGCUAGCUGUGCCUUCGGGGAUGAGGGAGAGAACAGAUGUACUGUGCUCCUACAGGGCCUAUCAAAGUACCCAUUCCUUCAGAUCAGUGCUCCGGGUCAGGAGGAGGGAUGUAAGGUGCUGGAAUUUGGCAAUGUGCCUGUCGGCUGCAACAUGGAAAGACACUUUGAGAUUCUCAAUCCAUCCUCAAUAACGACUUCCUUUAGUCUGUCCAGGAUGCAGCGUCCGCCGCUGUCAGAGUCAGUGUUCCAGUGUGGUUUCCAGAAGGGAGAGGUGGCUCCGCGUACCUCCAUCAGGGUGCCUGUGGUUUUCUCUCCUGGAACUGUGGACAGCACCACUGUGGACUACCUGUCACUCACCUGCCCCGGGGCGCUCAGCAAAACCCUGCUCAAAGUCACCGGCACCUGCAUAGGUCCUCAGGUGUCCCUGUCCUCCUCCAUGCUGGACUUUGGUUGUGUGGAUGAGGGUGAGGAGGCCUUGCGUACCGUGGACAUCAUCAACUCCUCCUCUGUGGAGGCCCAGUACCAGUUUGACUUGGACGCCACAGGGCAUAGUGUCUUCACCUUGGAGCCAGCCUGUGGUACCCUGCCACCCAACAGCCACCGGCGCCUACGCCUGCUCUUCAGACCACACCACCCCAUGGGACAUCACAGGAGGGUGGUCUGUCUGCUGCUACACAGGGAGCCUCUGUUCCUGGACCUGAUAGGGACCUGUCACUCUGAGCAGCUGAAACCAGCCAUCCUUCACCCCAGACACCUGGUCCUGUACCGGCAGCACCUGGCCAGGGGACUCACCUGCUACCCUCCUGAUGUACUCGGUGCCAUGCUGGCAGAGGACAAGAUCCAAGUGGACCUGGAGGGAGCUCUGAUGUUACAAGAGGAUCCUGCUGCUGUGCCAGAGAUGAGCCCUAUGGAGGAAUAUUACCAAGGCUGUGCAGGGGGCAAGGCGGAGGCUGAGCUAGGAGGCAGAGGUGAGGGGUCCAACAGUUCCCACAUCACAGUGGAUCCCCCAGAGUUGCUGUUCCACAAUGGCUCCGUCUCUACCUCGCAGUCUGUGACUCUCUCCAAUCACACCAAGGGCAAGCUCAGCUUGAUCUGGACCCCGGCUCCUAACUCCUCCUUCUCCGUCACACCCUCGUCAUGUGAUCUGGGACCCCUGAAGUCGACUGCUUUCAGAGUCAGCUACACACCCAAGCAGCACAACACCUUCCAUGGGGCACAGCUAGAGUGCUUCGCUCUCUACAAGGUGUUGAGGGACCAUCGUCAGGUAGAGGACCGUACCUUGUGCCCUCCCUGGUGUGUCACAGUCCGGGUCAUUGGACACUCCUUCCAGCCUGGCCGGGAGCACUUCAUCCCCCGGUUCUCCUUGCAGCGCCCCCGAGUGGUCUUCCCUGCUCUGAGCCUGGUCUCCUACAGGACUGUGCUCCUGGAGAACAUGGGAGACCUACCCUUGGUGUUCAGGCUGGACCCAGAGGAGUGUCCUUCGGUGUCUGUGCGGCCCACCAGCGGCCUGGUCCAACCUGGACACCACCAGAUUCUCACCCUCAGGACCACCCCGGCAGAAGACUGCCCUGCCAAGCUACCCUUCACCCUGCACUUCAAUGCCAGUCCCAAGCACACCCAGGAGCUGUCGGUGGUGAGUGUGGUAGAGAAGCCUUGCCUGUCUCUGGAAGGAGAAGGUAGUCUGUUCUUCAAACCCACGGCGGUGGGCUCCCGCUCCCAAAGCCCCUACAGGGUCAGGAACCUGACCAGGUUACCUCUGAGGUUCCACUGGAGGAUCCCUGGACCUGACCAACGUGUCAUCUCUGUGGCGCCUGACACGGGAGUCCUGCAGCCCAAUGAGACCAUGGUGCAGACGUGGUCCUUCACCCCUUUUGAGGAAAUGGUUUAUAAUUUGAAGCCCAACCUGACCUUCUGGCCAAUCCAGACGCCCGGAUGCAGGAAGUCCCGCCUCCCCCUGAAAGUAGUGGGCAUGGCCUCCAAAGGAUCCAUCCAGGCAGAGCAUGGGGUGCUGAAUCUGGGGGAGGUGUUGGUGGGAGACUGUAGGUCCUUCGAGGUGCCUCUCAUCAACAACGGUUCCUGUUCUGUCAGCUUCUGUUUGGCUGUACAACAGAGCCUGCUAGACCCGGGGUUGCCUGAGAACUCACAGAAGAAAGACCCUGUUGCCCUGGAGCUGGACUCUGAGAGAGCCAUCCCAGCUCGCUCCAGGCUGCUGAUCCGCUCCACCGUGAGGCCUGCCAGGAGGACCAGAUACUGCUGGGACCUCACAUACCAGACCCUCAGCUCUGCAGGCUCUGUGCUGGAUGCUCCCCAGGCUCUGUGCCAGGUGCAGGGUGAAGGGGUGUUCCCCACCCUGGAGGUGACAGAUGUGCGUUGCAGCGUGGAGGGGCUCAGCAAGCUGCAGAUCUGGAGCCUCUUUUCUCUGGGACACCUCAACGCCCACCUGCAGAGAGACCCCGCCCCUCCGGAGCUCACCUACCGGGUGCCCACCAGACACAGUCUGCGUCGCUGUCCCUCCAUCUUCACGUCGGCCAUGUUGGAUUUCAACUUCAGCGCUGCUCCGCUGGGCUCAGACCCCUCCAAUGUGCUGCUGAUGUUUGAGAACACUGGGAGCAUCCCUGUCGAGUGGUCGUUCCUGUUCCCAGAAGACCAACAGAUAGAGCUUGAGUACUGGGCUGAGACUGGGGAGUUCAGCACUACAGAGCUCCACCACAUGAAGGUGCAGGAUAACAGGCUGUUUAAUAUAGCACCCCGCUCUGGUAAACUACACCCAGGACAGCAGAAGGCAGUGACAUUUAGCUACAGACAUGACUUUGUUGGUACUGACCGUCUCCCAGUCCUGUUCAAGCUGUCUCACGGCAGAGAGAUUCUGUUGAAUUUCAUAGGAGUGACGGUGGAGAGAGACAGACACUACCUCCACUUCACCUGCACCAAGCACAUCUUUGCCCCAGUGCCAAUCGGGGGGUUCAGUCCCCCUAAACAGGUGUAUGAGCUGUACAACGGAGGGGCUGUCCCUCUGAAGUACUGUGUGGACACAGAGCCCCUUGAGCAGCUGACGGCUGAUAACUUUGGUCACCCCGUGCUGCAGUGUCUCAACCCCCAGGGAGAGGUGAAGCCUGGCAGGACAGCCCUGCUGGAGUGGGUCCUCUCCCCCCUGGAGGCCAAGACUUACAGUGUGGACAUCUCUAUCCAUGUGCUGGAGGGAGACACCAUGCUGUUGACGUUUGAAGGUUGUGGGUUUGAUAACAGUGUGCUGGGAGAGUCGGCACCACUACAGCUUCAUGAUGGCUACAUGUCUGUCCCCAGCACACAGAGGAUGGCCCUGCCCAACCAGGUGCUGUUCCUGUCAGAGGAGAGAUUGUGUCUUGGGGACAUCCCAGUCUGCUCUCGCUCCACACGGGUCCUGUUCCUGACGAAUGUCUCCCACAGUGACAGAGUCCUCUACAACUGGAACCUGACUGACCAGUCAGUCCAGAUCUACCCAGAGCAUGGUGCUCUGUCUCCAGGGGAGAGCGCUCUCUGUAUCCUGACUCUCCAGGCCUCUGGCAGCCCCAGCUUCUACCAGCUAGACAUCAUCUGUGAGGUGACCCUGGAGGAGGCUCUGUCUCAGUACCGUCAGGAUCUACAGCAGUGGGAGCUGGAGAGAGACAGACAGAUGAAUGAGUUUAGCCUGACUGACAAAGACCUGCAGCAGAGUCAGACCAGCUACCCCCAGGGUCAUACACAGAGUCAGACCAGCUACCCCCAGGGUCAUACACAGAGUCAGACCAGCUACCCCCAGGGUCAAACACAGAGUCAGACCAGCUACCCCCAGGGUCAUACACAGAGUCAGACCAGCUACCCCCAGGGUCAUACACAGAGUCAGACCAGCUACCCCCAGGGUCAUACACAGAGUCAGACCAGCUACCCCCAGGGUCAUACACAGAGUCAGACCAGCUACCCCCAGGGUCAUACACAGAGUCAGACCAGCUACCCCCAGGGUCAUACACAGAGUCAGACCAGCUACCCCCAGGGUCAUACACAGAGUCAGACCAGCUACCCCCAGGGUCAUACACAGAGUCAGACCAGCUACCCCCAGGGUCAAACACAGAGUCAAACACAGGAGAGCAACACUAAGGAGGUUCUACCUUCCCCACAGAGGACUGGACCUGUAGUCAGGAAAUACAAGACUCUGCCUCCUAUCUGUAGCAGCAGUGCCGUGGUUGGGGGUAUGUGUACCAGGCCCAGUCGUGCAGAGCGGAGGGCCCAGAGAGAGGCUAGCCAGGUAUGGAGGAGACCUGAACCGCCCUGCCCCACCCUGCUACACCUGGGGGUCACCGCCCGCUCACACUCCCUCCUAGAGUUCCAGACCUUCUUCCCCUCCCUGCUCAGCACACACCACAUCAACAGGUCGGCCCGGCCCAAUGUGACCCGUUGUGGAUCCCGUCAGAGCAGACCUCCAUCUGUAGACAUGCCUCCUCUCAGCCACGGACCAGAGAGAGAGAUCAUUACCCACACGCUCACCUCUAUAUUCAGGAGCCUACUGGACGACCCUCACUUCCACCACUCUCUGGUGAACGGUGUGGCUGAACCCGUGCCCUACUUCACCCAGCUGAGACAGACUGCCUACACCCCUACCACACCUCUCCCUGGGGCUGCUACGCCUUUUCCUGGGACCAGGGAGGCCCCUCCACCUUGCCCCCCUACUCCUCAGCUCCUCAUGGGGGGCAGUCUGUACAGUGCUGGGGUAACAGAGGUAACAAAGCAACAGCCACAGACCCAGAAGCCAACAGUGAAGCGAGAGCGUCAGCUCAACGUUCAGGAGACCAUCCGCAGGUUGCCAGAGUUCUGUGACGUGACAGAGGAGGUUCUCCUCAACACCUUACAGAACCUGAUGAUGGAGGCCUUCCUGGGAGAGCUGGUCCUUACAGCCAGGCCACGAAUCAUCGCUCUGCCUCCUGUCUCUGCCAGGAGGAACAGCUGUGGUUCCAGGAGGCUGUCCAGAGGUGGCGCUGACCCAGACAGGAGCAGAGAGACCAGGGGGGGGGGUUCCUCUGAGUCUUAGCUUCAGCCCACCCUCUUCACUACUGGCCAACCUGGCAUGGACCUAACCAGUGUUUUACUCCACACAAUGCCUCAACAUUAUUUCAUACCCAAUUAAUAACUAUAUAAAAAAAAAAUCUAAAAAGUUGAUUUGACCAUUUUAAAAUAGCGAAUCACAUCUCGAUGCCCUGAUCUACAAUGUGAUUAGUGCUUUCACACCCUCAUGUACCUGAUAGAGUGAAGUGAAACUAUCUAGCCUUUAUACUAAACCCAAAACAUUGAUGACAGACCAUUCCAAAAACAUUUGUUUAUUAAAAAGGAAUUCAGUCCACAGUAGUUAAGACUUUGGCACCUACAAUAUAUAUAUAAAAUAAAAAAAUAACAAAAACGUGUACACCCCAAAUAGCAUUAAAACAAAAUGCUUGGAUAAAAGAGAUAAAUUAAAAACAGCAGUUGAGGUGGGUAUGAAACAAUGCAACUCAACUGGCAGCCAUCUUAGAGCUUCCGUUCACAAAAUGGCAGAAGUACAUGAAAACAACAGAUACAAUUCUGGACAUUGAAUGAACACCCACUUGCAGUGUACCUCUGUGAUACAACUCUUGCAUUAAAGCAGUGGUAUUCAGCGGGGACCCCCGGAUUGAAUUUCUGGGGACCAAAUUUCUUAUGAUCCCACCCCAUAUCAAAUAACAACCUUCAAAAAAAAAAAAAAAAAAAAAACUGCAAAUUUCUACAUAAACAUCUUCUCAAAAAUGAAAAGAAACCAAUAAAUACAUUUACUCAAUAAAAUUGUAUUUUUUCAAAUUAUUUCUCAAAAACGUUUGUAUAAUGUCCCAUACAAUAAUCUGUACUCUUGGUUUCUGGUUCUUCAUUUUUAAUAUAUAUAUAUAUAAAAUGGCGACCCCACUCAGACCACGACUUUGAAUACCACUGCAUUAAAGACCAUGCUUGGUUUUAAAAAGGAAUGUUUUUUGUUUGUUAGACUGGCAGUUGAAGUCUCCAAAGAGAUUUGAAAUACAUGAAGACAAGGUUCUCAUGCGAGACCUCUGUAUCCAAGUGGUUCACUAUAUAGGGAAUAGGGUUAUACUUCAAAACAACAAUCUUAUUUCUCUGUAGAACCAUUUGAGCUUGGAUGGGAUCGGUUGGAAAUAGGAUCCAUUCCAGAUAACUCACGAUGCCGUCAAGACUUUUCCCAUAUUGUAAACUUCUGAAUGGGGUAAAAUCUCACACCAGAGAGAGAAAGCUCUGGUUUGGGCAGCACAGAGUAGAAACAGAGUAGGCUACAGGAGGAUUAGGAACAGCACAGAGUAGAAACAGAGUAGGCUACAGGAGGAUUAGGAACAGCACAGAGUAGAAACAGAGUAGGCUACAGGAGGAUUAGGAACAGC